AAACAAAAUUAAAUUAAAUUUCUUACUGGAUUAUUAAAAAAAAUAUGGGCUACUCUCCGAUAAAAUUAUCUGUUUAACUUUUAACUUCUUAGUUAUUCUCUGCGUGUAAAUUUGAAUUCUGAGCGCAUUUUUCAACAUAAUAAUUUUUUUGCCCCCCUCUACCACUUCUUAAAUCUUAGGCUUCGGCCUAUGGCCUAUUAUUAUUGCCAUUGCCAUUGGCAUUGGCCAUUGGCAUUGUCAUUGUUUUUUGUUGUGAGUGGAUUGUUCAAUCUUGUCAACAAAGAAUAAUUAAAUAAAAUGGCACAAUUAACAAGUUUGAGUUUGACAGUGAUAAUGACAAAUUCACCAAUUUUAUUAUCAAUUAUCGUAAUAAUAUUUUUUUACCUGGUAGUUUGUAAUUUCUUAUAUGUGUUAAUUUUAUUGAAAGUCAUACCUACAACAAAAACAAAAAUAUCUUCUGGUGAUUGUGUACUUUUAAUAACUGCUCACCCUGAUGACGAAUGCAUGUUCUUUUCCCCGGCUUUACUUGAUUUAUCACAAACUUGUGAAAUUCAUGUCAUUUGCACUACAACAGGUACUGUGAUAUUAAUUAAAUAUGCAGUAAUUAGUACAUAAUUUUAAAUUUGAUUUAAAUGAAUGCAGAGAGACUGUGGAAGAAAGGAACAAAGCAGGAAUGAUCAUGAUGCUAAGGCUAAGAGUAAGACUAAUGACUAAGGGAAACCAGAAAGUAAAGGCAACACAAACAUACAAGGAAGCCAGAUGGAAAGCCACAAAAAUGUGUAGGAAGAGAAAGAGGGAAUGGGGAAAAAGCUAAGCUAAAAGAAAUAGAAGACUUCAGAGAGGGAAACAUCAGAGGAAUGUAAUGUACAUGAAGAUGAAGGAUGAAAAGAAUGGAUACCAAGCCAGACCGCAAAUGUGUAAGAGUCGGGAUGGAGAAUUAAUUUAGGAAAAUACUAAAGUACUGGAGAGGUGGGCUGAAUAUUUUGAGGACAUUGCAGACAAUAGAGAAGAUGAAGAUUAUCAACCACCACAUGGAGGACCAGACCCUUUUAUAAACUCCCCAACUCUAUAAGUAGUAUAAGAAACUACAGAAGUAAUUAAGUACAGUGGUACCUUGGUAUACGUCCUUAAUCCAAUCCAGAUCCUUGGACCAAACAGAACUUACCAAACAUAUUUUUCCCAUAAGAAAUAAAGGGAAAAUGAUUAAUCCGUUCCCAUGGAAAAAAAAAUCAUAUUGUUAUUGGCAUAUUAUACAUUUAUUGAUGUGGUUGUAUAAAAUAAUUUAAACACUGAAAACAUAAAUUAAAAAGAACUUAUGUGAAAUAAAUGAAAAUUUAACCUCACUUUACCUUGGUGAGAAAAGUCAAGUGCUUACUAAUAUGGUGCUGAGAAGGAGAAGAUUUAUUGUUUUGAAGGAGAGUCCGCUUCCAAAAAAACUUAAGGAAUAUGACAUUCUGUUGUUUUUUCUUUUUUCAGUCUCUUUUCCCUAGUUGACCCUGGUUGAGGCUCACCAGGUUUGACUCUUACUAAAAAUCUGUCUAAAGAACUUUGCUGUUGCCUUCUACUCAGGAUGUUUAAAAAAUGUGACAUUGUCUAGUCAUUCCAGACAAUAAUAUUACGACUUGUUUGGGCUUUGUUGGAGUGGUACUUCUCUGCAAAGUUUUUGACAUCCAUCCAUUUAGCAAAGAUUUCUUGAUUAGCGAAGUAGGAGCUUCCUCUAGCGCCUCCACCUCAGAGCCAGAAGAGAGUGCAUCCAUCCUAGUCUUGUGCUCAUCCUUCUCAAGUUCCUGCAGCUCCUCAGUGGUCAGCUCUUCCCUGUGCCCCUCCACUAACUCCUCCACAUCAAAUUCAUUCACAUCAAGUCCCAUGUACCUGCCCAGAAAGGACAAUAUCUUCCACUGUAUGCACAGCCCCAAAGUCUCUUUCAGUCACUGCUUCUGGCCACAAAUUCAUCCAAGAAGAUUUCAUUGUUCUGUUGGAAACUUCCUGCCAGGCUUUGUCAACCCUUUUUCUCAGGGUUAAUUCUGUCAGAGGUCACUUCAAUAGCACGCACGCGGGUCGUAUUCCAAACAAAGGUCUUAUACCAAGCAAAAUGUUUCUCGUCCCAACAGGACGUAUACCAAGUUGGACUUAUUCCAAAGCAGGUGUAUACCGAGGUACCACUGUGUAUGAAAAACCACAAAAGGCCCUGAAGAAGACCUCAUCACAGCAGAACUAAUUAAAUAUGGAGGAAGAGAACUGCACUUUCAGGCACAUAAACUUAUAAUUAAAACUUGGCAAGAAGAGAAAAUGCCAACAGAAUGGGAAAAAGCAUUAAUAACCUCAAUACACAAGAAAGGCUCCAAACUUCAAUGCACAAACUACAGAGGAAUUUUCUUAUUAAAUGUUACAUACAAAAUACUGACAAAACUAAUUGCCUAAAGACUACAACUAAAACCCUACACUGAAGAAAUACUAGGUGACUACCACUCUGGAUUCUAGAAAAACAGAUCAACGACUGAUCAGAUUUUCACCAUCAAACCUAUUAGAGAAAUGUUACAAAUAUUAUAUCCCAGUACAUCAACUUUAUGUGGACUAUAAAAUGGCCUAUGACAGCAUCAAAAGAAAAUAUCUAUAUGAGACUCUGCAGGAGCUUGAAAUACCCAACAAACAGACAAGACUGAUACAGCUCAAAGAGCAAAGUCAAGGUUCAAGGAGAAUAUUCAAGGGAAUUUCAGAUUAGAUGAGGCCUAAGACAAAGAGACUCACUGUCUUGUAAGCUAUUUAACCUAACAUUAGAGAGAGUUAUAAGAAGCAUACAUAUUGACACCCGAAGAACAAUAACAGGAUACUUUCUGAGGGAAACCCAAGACCCACAACUAAUGGGCACUCUCUUCAAUCAACCCCUACAGUAUCUUGCAUAUUCUGAUGACAUAGCAUUGCAAGGGAAAAGUAGUAAAGACAUAUCAAAAACAUUUAUUGACUUAGAAGAGGCAUCACUACAAGCAGGGCUGGAAGUUAACAACCAAAAAACAAAAUACAUGACUAUGAUAAGAGAAGAACAGACAGAUGUACUGCUGGGAAUCAAAGCAUGGAAAAGAAAAGCUUUAGUUAGGUCUGAGUGGAAGGAAGUAGUGAGGCAGGCCAAGGCCCUACAUGGGCUGUAGCGCCAUAGGGAUAGAUGGAUGGAUGGAUAGUACAUAAUUUAAAUGAUUAAUCAUAUGUAUCAUAUCAUAUAAAUAUAUACAAGUGAAAGUUUGUUUGUUUGUGGCUGGCUGGAUUUGUUCCACAUACGUUUUUACAUGGAUCGAUGGAUCUUGACCAAACUUGGCACAUUUAUCCAUAAUUAUCCAGAAGGAACUCUUAAGGGGUUAUGAAAUUUUUAUAACCUCUUUUGGGGCCCCCAAAUUCGUUUUUUUCCUUAUAUGAGCUAUAUAAAUAAAAUUAACAACAAAUACUCUUACACGAAUAGAUAGAUCUUGACCAAACUUCGUACACAUACAUUUGAUUAUCCAAAGUCAAGUACCGAAGGGUACUGAACUGAUAAUAUCCAUUCCUCGGCGGCCAGGGGCCCAGUUUCAUUUUUUUCGUAUAUAAGCUAUAUAAAUAUUAAUUGGCUACUAUCAAAGGGUACUGAGCUCGUAAUAUCCAUCAUUUUUUCUAACAUAAGCCAUAUAAAUAUCAAUAGUCUUAGACAACACUAUAGUUUCUACGUGAAUUGAUGGAUAUAGGCCUAGCGUUGUAGCAAUCUCCUUCAUUGUCCGUAUUGAAAUAUCUGUGGAUUUAAAACUAAUAAUAUCCAUUCUAGAAUUUUCCAGAAAGUUGGAUAAUUUUAAAAAGUUAUAUCUAUGGCAGUUUUAAGUAGAUUUUAAUGGGAAAAAUUUUAAAUUUUAACUUUAUUAUUUAACUGUCUGAUAUUUAUAGGGCCCCCUAUCUCAGGCAUAACUAAAUCAGUACAGUUAUGGAAUGGGCCACUCUGGGCUUCUUGAUUAACUUAAAAGAAAAAGGAUUAUAAUUAUGGUUUUUGUUGAAGAUUUUUAUCGUAUUCAAAAAAUGAUUAUAAAAGUAGUUUUUACACAUGUUUCGAGCGGGUUAUUAAAUUUAAUCUAGAAUAUUCCAUAAAGUUCUAAAUUGUUACAAGGGGAUAUAUAGUGGCAUCUAAGGGAUUAUUGAAAUGUAAGUUAGUUCUAUUCAUUUCUUUACAUACCCAGAGUUUACUGUUCUCUCAGUACAACUGAAGAAUUUUUUGAUACGGUAUCCCAAAUGGGUCGGGAUCCCAUCAUAAUCUUUAUCCCAAUGGGAUCAGGAUCCCACCAGAAAAUGGGAUCCCACCGGGAUCAGGAUCCUAACCUUGAAUGGAUCCACCGGGAUCAGGAUCACACCGGGAAACGGAACUGCGUCGAGAUCGGUGUCAGAAUGGGAUCGGGGUCCCAAUGGGAUCAGGGGUCUCACCAGGAUGGGGUCUCACCAGGAUGGGGUCUCACCAGGAUGGGGUCCUAAUGCAAUCCCGGGUAUAUAGGCUAGUAUAUCAUAUAAAAGGGAAUGUUUGUUUGUUUGUGGAUUUGAUCCACAUAUGUUUUUACAUGGAUAGAUGGAUCUUGACCAAACUUGGCACAUAUAUCCAUCAUUAUCGGGAAUGAACUCCUAAAGGGUUAUGAAUUUUUUAUAACAUUCCAUUUGGGGCCGGGGCCCCGAAUUCAUUUUUUUUCUUAUAUGAGCUAUAUAAAUAAAACUAACAACAAAUUCUCCUACAAGAGUUGAUGGAUCUUGACUAAACUUAUUAAACAUACACUUGAUUAUCCAUAUUCAAAUACCAAAGGAUAAUGAACUCAUAAAAUCCAUUUCAUUUUUCCUUAUAUAAGCUAUAUAAAUAUCAAUAGGCUUGGACAACACUUAAGGUUCUAAUUCAUGGAUCUAUGUCUAGCUUGGUAGCAAUACCUUUCAUUAUCCGUAUUGAAAUAUGGGUGGAUUUAAAACUAAUAAUAUCCAAUCCAUUAGGGCCAAGCUAGAAUUUUUCAAAAAGUUCGAUAAUUUAAAAAAGCUAUAUCUAUGGCAUUUUUUAACCGAUUUUAAUGGGACAAAUUUCAAAUUUUAACUCUAUACUAUUUAUAUGAAUGAUUUUUAUAGGGUCCCCCAUCUCAGACAUAACUAAAACGAUACUUUAUUAAAUAGGCCCCCACUGGGGCUCCUAUUUCAAUUUAAAUGUACUAUAGUUAUAGUAGUACAAUUUAGUUGUAUAAUAUUUUGCAUUCGAGAAAUAAUUAGGUAGAAAGGUAAUUUUUUACACGUUUCAUGGAGGAUAUUAAAUUUAAUCUAUAAUGUUCCAGAAAGUUCUAUAUUGUUCUACGGGAUAUAUUAUGGGAUCUAAAAGCUUAUUGAAAUGUCCGUUUAUUUCCAUUGAUUUCUUUGCUUUCAUGGGGAUUUUCUCUUAACAUACCCUUCAUAACCCUACCGGGAACAAAAUCCCGUUGGGAACAUGAUCCCACCGAGGAAUCGGAUCUUGAUUUAGAGGAUUCCACCAGGAAAUGGGAUACCACUGAGAAACAGGAUCCCACCGGGAAUCGGGAUGCCACUGGUAUCAGGAUACCACCAGGAUUGGAAUCCCAUUGGCAUUAGGAUACCGAUGGGAUCAGGAUACCGACUGGAUCAGGAUCCCUCCGGGAAAUGGGAUCCUAAAGGAUCUAGAUCUAACGGGGUCGGCAUACAGAUGGGAUCAGGAACCCACUGGGAUCCAAUUAAUUGUUUUAUUUUUUUACUAUAGCUCUGUUUUUUGUUUUUAUAUGGCGCUUAAUGUCAAUGUUACUUAAAAGGCUGUAGAAUUUUUUUUUCCUAAUGAAAUGCUAGGCAACGCCGGGUAUAUUUGCUAGUUACCUGUAAAAGGGUUGGACUGCAAUCAAGCUUUUAAGAAGAUUAAUGAGACACAAGCCACAAACAAUUUGUGUAAAUAAAACAAUAUUUUAAUUAUAUUUAUCAUUAUACAAAAUAAAAAGGGGGACAAGACAAAGAGUAAGAGGGUUCCUGGCGUAAAAUGCCUUCAUCAGAACAAACAAACAAAAAUUAAUUAAUAAAUUAAAUUUACUGUAUAUCCAAACUACAUCUAAACAUUUUUAGUAAGGGCAAUUCAAUAUUUAAAAGUAUUUUUUUUAUUUUAAAGUUAUCAUUAGCAAAAAUAUUAAAAUGGGGUUUUUACUUUUUUGACUCUUUUGAGUUGUGUGAACUUUUCACUAUUUGAAAUUUUAUUGAUUUGAAUAAUUGUAAAAGUUAAUAUUUAAAGUAUUUGAAGCAUUCCCAGAUCUUCCAUGUUUUUGAAAAAUUAUUUUUUGCAUUAUAUUAUGCCCAAAAAAUAAUAAUAAAUCAAAUAAUUCCAAGAUAUCAAUUGAAAAUCUAUUUCCCUAGCAACAGUAUUUUUCAUUACUCUGUGUGUAUCUUAGAAAGAGUUUAAGGUUUAGCCAUUUGGGGAUAAUGUAGAAGAGGGUCUAGGAGAGAGGGUAGGUGAGGCAUGUUAGAAGAGAUAGGGGUUGAGGUGGGAGAAAGAAGUUGGAGGAGCAUAGUUGGGGUUGUGGGGGUGGAGCAUAAAUGGAGGAUAUUGGUGAUGGGGGAACUUAAAAAUUACUGCAGUAAAGAAGGCUAAGGGAUCCCUCCAACUGUGAAUAAGACCGCCUUAAAUGACAGAGAAUGGCCUAGUUAUCUCAUAAUUUGUCAUAGUUUUGUUUCAAAGCGACUAUGGUACUAAAAAAUAAUAAUAUAUUUUUCCAAAGGUGAUUAUUGCAAACAAGGAGCCAUCCGAAAAAAGGAGCUUUUGAAAAGUUGUCAAAUUCUAGGCAUUCCAAAGCAACAUGUUCAAGUUUUUGAUGAUAGGUAAAAUUGCCUUACUUUGCUUUAGACAUUUUUAAAAAUAUAUAUAGCCUAUUUAUUUAUAGAAAUAACUUUUUCCAUAGAUCGAAAAUUGGUGUGAGCAAUGACUUUAUUUAUAAAUAAUUUUAAAAAACUUAUCUCCAUCAUAAAAUGCAUUUCUUAAACUUAAAGCUUGAUAUGGCUUUCCUAAGUCACAUCUAAAUAUUUCGGUUUUUCAGUUCUUUUCCUGAUGACCCAAAAGCCAUAUGGGAUGCCAAGAAAUUACUCUCUAAGAUUUUAGCAUGUAUUAAGCAAAUUCAACCCAACCACGUAAGAGGCUAUCCAUAAACGAUGUGAUGCUAUUUUAGUCUAUUUGUGCACCCCCUUCCUUUUUCUCCAUACCCCAUCAUCACAAAAAGUCAUUUCAAGAUAGAAACCCUUAUCAAACAUUGUCACAUAUGGAUGGCUGAUAAAUGGACCCAUUUAAACCCUUAUAUUAAUUCAUAACAUUUAAUAUGGCACGUUAACAAAGGAAAUGACAUUGGACUAUAAGAAAUAUAAAAUAGCUAAAACAGAGUUUCUAUUGCUAAAAUUGAAUUCGCUCAUUAAUAAACAUGCUCCUCUGAAUUCAAUUCCACUUUGAUCUGAAAAUGUAUGUUAUUUUGUAAAUUUAUAAUCAUAUUUUGUUUUUUAUAGUCUCUAAAUUUAUGACAUUGUUCUUUCCAUUAAGAUUUUAACGUUUGAUGCUAAAGGAGUCAGUGGUCAUCCCAACCAUAUAGCUGUCUCAGAAGUUGUCAAGUAAGAUGCCAAUUUUGUGUAUAGAAUUUCAAAACAAAUCUUUGAAGUUAGAUGUAUUUUUAAUUCAUAAUGUCUUAAAGAAAAUUAUUGUAAGUUUUUGUUUUUUUUCCCCAGGGACAAUUUCAAAAACCAACGUAAGUUGAUAUUAUUUAUAUGCAAGUCUAGUAAAUAUUAUUUUUUACAAAAUAUUUCAUCGAAAUAAACUUAUUUCAGAAUGUAAUUUUGAUGUUUAUAAAUAUAAUAUAUAGCGUAUCUAAUUCAAGAUUAUAUCCUCCUCAUUUUUUUGGCUAGAAUCACCUCAGAUUUAUCAGCUAGAAAGCAUUAGCUUGCUUCGAAAAUACCUUGGGAUACUAGACUUGCCAUGCAGUUUAGCUUCAGGUCAUCCUAUGUUUGUUUUAUCCCCACUAAACAUAUUGAAGGCUCAG